GGGUAAUUAUAUUUUUUUGAAGAUGGCGUCCUUUGGAUAAGUUUUGUUGUGUCUGCAUCUGGUGUUUUGAGUUACGUUAAACCCUGUAGAAUGCUAAAUAUAUUUGCCUAUGGCGAGUGUAAUAAGGGGUCCGUAAUUAGUUAAAAGAGACUUGGAUGUGCUAGAAAGAUUCUCAUUUAGGAUGGAGUCAAGUGGAAGCGAUUCAAGCUACGUGAACUUUCUGCAAGACCAAGUGAGGAGGCUUAAUGCAGUUCUCAAAGAGUACCAGAAGAAAUACCUUCCUGUCAAAGAUCCUGAGAUUAAGGGUAAUGAGCCACUUCCACCAUGGAUGACAAAUCAAGGGAUUCUGUCCCCUUUACUUGUUGAGUAUGAUGAGACCAUCACAGUACUUCAGGACCAGCUCAAGUUCUACAAGAAUGAACUGUUAACACUGAAACAGAGAACAGACCGGAUAGUAGAGGAAAAUAAAAGAUUACAUGAAGAGCUUCGGCAGAGUAUUGAGAACCACAUGGGUUCAGUGAGCCAAAAUGAUGCAUUCGGAGUACCUGAUCUCCAGAACAAAAUCCUUGAGAAUGUCCAGCGGCAGUUGCAGCUUGUCACUCAGGAAAAGGAUAGCUAUAUAGAGAUGUGGGAGAAUGCUACCUCAGAGCUGGAGAAACUGCAGCAAAUAGACAGGGAGAGGGCAGCAGAGUUGCGCCACAGAUCCACUGAUGUUGCAGCAUUACAGAGUGACCUUAAAAAAGCCAGACGCUUUGCAGAAGAUAUUCAAAUGCAAAGCAAACGACUGAAGGUGGAAAAUAAUGAACUUCUAAAAGCUGCUCAAACGCAAGAUCAAGAGAUUGAAAGCCUUCGUGCAGAGUUAAGAAAGAGCAAAGCUGAGCUAAAAGCUGGAAGAUCUCAAAAUGAAGACUACAAGAAAACAUUAGAGCUUUUACAAGACCGAAUAAAAGCAAGGGCUCGUGCUGCUGGCCAGGGCGAGGAUGACGCAGAGAGAAGUCUAAAGUCAGACAACUUACAAAAAGAGCAAUUGCAGACCCACAAUAUGGCUCUAGAGACCCGCCUGGCAGCGUUAAUAAAGGAACUAGGCAAGCUUCGCUCCGAAAAAUCAGAUUUGGAAGAACGAUUGCAGUCAAUGCAAAAAAGAAACGCGGACCAGGAGGAGCGUGAAUUAGAGGCCAUUGCGCAUGUGCGAGACAGUGUACAGAUGGUCGAGAAUGCCGUUCUGGAGCGAGACCAGGCGGUGAUCCGCGAAAAACAGAAGACGCAGGAGGCUAAUAGGUUACAAGAGGUCGUCAACCGCUUGCUCAGAGAAGCUGGCAAACGCACCAGGGAAGAGGUUGACGCGGUGCGGAACCAGUGCAACAAAAACAUGCAGAAGUUAAUGGAGGAGAUGCAUUAUCUUGAGAUGGAGGGUGCAGAGAAGCAAGCACAGCUGGAGCGAGUGUACCGAGAGAAAGACGCUGUCGAGAAAGAGCUGGAAAAGGUUUACCAAGAGGGUCCCUGUGAGAUAGAGCGCGUGGGAAUGACGUUUGAGGAGUUACAGAAGCGAGUAAGCAUAGCCGAGAUGGCCCGGGAUGAGGCCUCAGUCAAGACUGACACACUUAACUCGGUUGUCAAACGACAGGAACACAGAUUUGAACAAGAGAAAGCCCAGAUAAUGUCAGAAAAUGAACAGCUUCGCCGAAGACUUAAGUCUAUAGAAACUGAGUGUGAAGAAAUGUCGGAAAACUCUCUAAAUCUGACAGAUGAAAUCGACAAGCUAAAGCGGGAACUCCUUGCUGCCAAGCAAGCCCAAGAAAGCGCAGAGCACGAGAUGGCCACCGAGGUCGCAGCGUUAAAACAAAAGAAUGAAUAUGCACAGAAAGACUUCGAGAUCAAACUUCGCAGCGUUGAGGAGAUGAACCGCCAGUCUGUGAAUGAACUCAGAGAGCUGCUCAGUACACAGCAACGCGUCGGUGUCCAGUGGAAAGAGGAAUCAAAGGCGGUAACUCAACGCUUCGAGCAGACGGUAGUAGAAUUAAGACAAGAAAUCAAUAAACAGCGCAAGCGAAACGACGAGUUGAACAGCCAUCUUGUUGACGAACGACAAAGGGCAGACCAGCUCGAGUCAAAACUAGAGACUUCGAAGCAGGCCAUUUCUAAGUUGCAGAAGAUGGCUUCAGACGCAGAAACCCGAGCAGACGCAGCAAGCGUGCAGGUAUCAACUCUGUUAGAUCGCGAACGGCAACUCCUGCACGAGCGAAAGCUUUUAAACCGCGAGCUUGAGAAACUAAAACUCGAGAAGAGUAGGCCUGGGAACAACAGAAACCGGGAACCACCACAGCGCCUUUCGGAUCUGCAGAACAACCCAAACGUGGGCUCAGCAAAUGGUUAUGAGCCGUCAGUUCGCCUCGACUUGAUGUCUCCGCGAGACGAAAGGCUCAUUGGGGAUUUGGAUGGUUUCGGACGUAGACCACAUUCUGGUGAAUAUGGCGCUUCAAGAAAUAGGGUGAUUCUUUAGAUACCGCUCAUCGCGUGUACAAUUGGAUGAACAUGAUUCUUUGACCAACUCAACAUAAGCAUAUCAACAUCGUCAAUAUUACGUGUGAAGAUACUGAACUAUUGCUCAAUGUACAUUUUAUUUCUAUCCAUAAUAAAAGUGGGAAGAAUUUAAA